AUGUCUCAACCUCCAUUAAACAUCGCCAUCCUAGGCGUAGGCCGCAUAGGCAGCACAAUAGCCUUCCAACUAUCCCAGAUUGGCAACCACAAAAUCACAGGAAUCGCGCGUCCAAAAUCAAAACGCCUAGAACAACUUCGUCAAGACGACGGAAUCCUCAACACCAAAAAUCAAAAAGCACAAAUCACAACCCUCGACCACCUCAAUCCACAAAUUCCCUACGACCUCAUAAUCGUAACCCCCCUAGCCCACCAAGCCCAACCUCUCCUCCCAGUUCUCCAACAAAGCUCCGCAAAGUGCAUCCUCUUCAUGUUCAACACCUUCACACCCGAGAACCUCAUCAACACAAUCGGCCACGAGCGAACCGCAUUCGGAAUGUCCUUCUUCCAAGCCAAUCUCAAACCCGACGGACGUCUUGAAAGCAAGAUCACCGGUCCUGGAACACAAAGAACUGUCCUGAGCGAUCCUCGCUGGGUCGAGCUCUUCACAUCCUCAGGCCUCCCGGCUGAAUUCGAGCCCAAUAUGCCGCUUUGGCUCCGCUGUCACACGCCCAUGACCAUUGCACUCGAAAAGACCAUGGCGAAAGGGCAUCAGCGAGGUUCUGGCGUUUCGUGGGGCGAAGCGAUGGACAUGGCGAACGGGAUUCGAGACUGCUUUGCGUUGAUUCGGAAGCUGGGGUACGAAGUGUAUCCGAAUGGGAAGAGGAGAGUGGAUGCUUGUCCGAAGUGGAUCGUUGCGUUCGGGUUCUGGUUUCUGUCGAGGUUGAGGAAUUUGAGAGAGUUGUUCGUGACGGGAACGCCGGAGUGUGAUGCGAUUAUGGAUGCGAUGGCGGAGGUGGCAGAGCACGCUGGGUUGCAGAAGGAGGCUGAGCGAGUGAGAGCAUUGAAGCCUAUGAGAGGCGAUCCGUUAAGAGUGAAGCACGGAUGA